UCCAAUUUCCAAUUCACCGAGUUAACUCGCAGCAUAAGAAAACCCUAACUCACGCUCUCAAUUGGUUCACAGAAACUCCCAAUCCGCGAGUCAAUUCGGACCAACAAGGUGAGUCACACUUCUCUAAUGUCUUCCAGAACCUUUUGCAUGAACUUGUAGUCAAUUUUAGACUCAAUUCUUUACCCAAAUUUUGGGACUGAAACUCGAAAAUUUAAUGCAAGUAAUGUGUUUGACAUUUUGCGUGGCCGUAGUUUGAAUUCUCAGUGUGAGUGACAAUAACUUGGAUUUUGUUGGGUUUGACUCAUUGCUUUGGUUAAAUACAAAAGUGGGUUUUUGAAGAAAAUACUUACUCUCUUUCAAUUUGCUCUUUAGUUUGUAUGUUUUUGCAAAGUAGGUAAAUUCUAGGAUAUGGGUUUUUUGGUGAAAUGUCUGAAAAUGGAAUACCCAUUUGAUAAUUUUUGGCUUAGGAUGAUAUAUGGGCAGUAUUGAAGAGAAAUGUGCGGCUGUGUUCCUGUUGGGUUUGUAAGGUCAACUUUUUGAAUUGGGUUAGAAAGUAGGUUGGUUAGUGAAUCUGGGCAGGAUAAUGGAUACCCCAGAUUCAGGUAGUGUGGUUUCAAAGCGAUCAUUGAGAAAGAAAGCGGGAAUGCGGAAUUAUGAUGAGAAUUUGAUGGAUGAACUCAUUGAGAAGCAUUUGGGUGGUGCUUUCAAGAAGAGGAAUAGAACGAAGGCAGAUUUGGAGAAAGAGACGGAAACUGAAGCAAUGAUUGCGCUGUCUCUUGGGUUCCCAAUUGAUGCACUGCUUGAGGAGGAGAUUCAAGCUAGGGUGGUGAGUGAAUUGGGUGGGAGGGAGCAGAAUGAUUAUAUUGUUGUGAGGAAUCAUAUACUAGCAAGGUGGAGGGAUAAUGUGCGGGUGUGGCUUUCGAAAGGACAUGUUAAAGAAACUGUGAGUAGUGAGUAUGAACAUUUGAUAUGUUCAGCUUAUGAUUUUCUUUUGUUUAAUGGGUAUAUCAAUUUUGGGGUUUCUCCUACAUUUAUCUCUCAUAUGCCAGGGGAGGCAACAGAAGGGUCUGUGAUAAUUGUUGGUGCAGGACUUGCUGGGUUAGCAGCAGCAAGGCAGCUGUUGUCAUUUGGGUUCAAAGUGAUUGUUCUAGAAGGUAGAAAUCGUUCUGGUGGAAGAGUUUAUACUCAAAAGAUGGAUCAGGGUGGUAAAUUUGCUGCUGUGGACCUUGGUGGUAGUGUUAUUACUGGUAUCCAUGCUAAUCCACUAGGAGUUUUGGCCAGGCAACUUUCUAUACCACUUCAUAAGGUCAGAGAUAACUGCCCUUUGUUCAAGCCUGAUGGAGCCCCUGUUGAUAAGGUAAUUGAUUCCAAUGUUGAAAUCAUUUUUAAUAAGUUGCUUGAUAAAGUUACUGAACUGAGACAAAUUAUGGGUGGAUUUGCAAAUGAUAUUUCCCUGGGUUCAGUUUUGGAAACACUUAGGCAAUUGUAUGCUGUGGCUAAAAGUACGGAGGAGAGGCAACUUCUUGAUUGGCAUCUUGCAAAUUUGGAAUAUGCUAAUGCUGGAUGUCUUUCAGAACUGUCAGCUGCCUAUUGGGAUCAGGAUGAUCCUUACGAAAUGGGUGGGGACCACUGCUUUCUUGCUGGAGGUAAUUGGAGAUUGAUAAAAGCAUUAUGUGAAGGAGUUCCUAUACUCUAUGGAAAGACUGUCAAUACCAUUAGAUAUGGAAAUGAAGGCAUUGAGGUGAUAGCUGGGGACCAAAAGUUUCAGGCAGAUAUGGUCUUGUGCACUGUACCUCUUGGAGUUCUAAAGAAAAGAACUAUCAGAUUUGAACCAGAAUUACCACAAAGAAAGCUGGCAGCCAUUGAGAGGUUGGGAUUUGGGCUGCUGAAUAAAGUUGCAAUGGUAUUUCCACAUGUUUUCUGGGGAGAAGACCUAGACACAUUUGGAUGUCUAAGUGAACACAGUGAUACACGUGGAGAGUUUUUUUUGUUUUACAGUUAUCAUACUGUUUCUGGGGGUCCAGUACUUGUUGCACUGGUGGCUGGAGAAGCUGCACAAAUAUUUGAGUCCACAGAUCCAUCCAUUUUGCUCCAUCGUGUUCUAAGAAUCCUAAGAGGUAUAUUUAGUCCUAAAGGUAUUGAUGUACCUAAUCCAAUACAAACAAUAUGUACAAGGUGGGGCAGUGAUCCCCUUUCCUAUGGUUCAUACUCUCAUGUUAGAGUACAGUCAUCUGGAAGUGAUUAUGAUAUACUUGCAGAAAGCUUGGGUAAUCAGCUGUUCUUUGCUGGUGAGGCCACAAAUAGGCAAUAUCCAGCCAGCAUGCAUGGUGCCUUCUUGAGUGGCUUAAGAGAAGCUUCACGCAUUUAUCGAGCCACCAGGGGCCGCCAAAAUAAUCUGAGGAAACUCACACAGAGGAAUGUUGGACCUAGCAAUGAUUUGCUGUUAGAUCUCUUCAAGAAGCCUGAUCUAGUGUUAGGGAACUUUUCCUUUAUAUUUGAUCCUUCAACAGAAGACCCAAAAUCAAUGGGGCUCAUGAGAAUCACUUUGGGGAGUGGGGAAAACAGUUAUACAGAGGAAUCAGCAAACAACUGCCUUCAUUCCUCAAACCUACCAUUGCAGCUUUAUACAGUAAUAUCUCGUGAGCAGGCACAGGAGCUGCAACUGGUGACUGAAGGGGAUGAAAGUAGGUUGUCAUAUUUAACGAAAAAUCUUGGACUAAAACUGAUGGGCCUUGGUGCCUUAGCAAAUGUUGGUAGUUCCUUGACAGCUAGCAUUGCAAGUGCAAGAAGAGGCCGGGGCAGGAAUCGCAUGUCUGCUGGACCACAACACAUUGUGUAGAGGAGAUGAUAUUAGUUUCAAUGCAUUAAACUCAGGUGUUCUGCAUGCUGGCAUAAAGUCUCUUGAUGUAUGCACUUGUUUCAUAAAAGGGACGUGCAUGCCUUCUGCUUGCCAGGUGCACGCAUCUGUAUAUAAUCUGAUCAAGUUGUUCAUGCAUUGACUUCAAGAGAGACCAAAUUCUUGGUGUUUGACUAGAGAAUCCCCUCCUUUUUGUGUAGAACAUUUUUUAAGUCUGACAGUGAUCAACUUGAUAACUAACCAGAGAGCCAUCAAUCAUGUAGCUGUGAAAUUUUCAGUAGGUUGAGACUGUAGGAGUAGCUUUUCUUAAUUGCAGAUGAAGUCUGAUCUCUAUGUGAAUAGCAGAUGCCAAAUUUUGUAUGUUGGAGCCCCUUUGGCCUGCUAAUGCAUUAGGUCUAUACACACAUGGCUUUUUGUUUUU